UUAAAAUUCAAACAAACUAUCGAUUCAUCGGAAUAUACCGUGAACUGCAGGAUACUAUUGGUGUAUAUUUGUGUUGCAAUUGGAUCAGAGUGUGGAAUAAUCAACACAAAUGGAAGUAGCAGACUCGAUUGCUUCUGUGAGCGGUGGUCCUGAUAAAAUUCUGUCACUCUGCUGGAAUGCUGGAGCCCUCGGCGCUUCGUACUAUGAUAUCGACCAGCUUGAACUGUUUGCCAUUCAGCAGGCCAUCGAACCCCGCCCGCAGUAUGCGCUACUACGUGAGCUCGUGCGCCGAUACACCCCAUUGUUCUAUGUGCUCUCCGGUGCCAGCUGCUUCCUGGACGAUUGCACCGAACUGUUGGGACUGCCACCGGGGACAACAGCCGGUGCUCCGGACACCUCCAGGGCUUCCGAGGCCACUGCAACGAAUGUGAAGAUUUACGAAUUCAAUGCAAAGGGCCAAGCUACCGCUAAAAAUCGUUUGUUGGCGCUAAAAGUCUCCGGCAUGCCGCUGGAAUCGGACGAACGCGAGUGUCGCACCUUCCUCGAGAGCAUGCUACCGUUCGAGCAGGAACUGCUGGUGCACAGCGUUGGCAAUCUUCUCCUGCUGCUGGACAGCGCCGGGGACAUGGUGCCAACGGAGCGGCUCGUGACGAAGAUAAACCUCACUACGCCCAGCACGCAGCUUAUCAUCGACGGGUUAACGUACGAAGCGUUGCAAAUAUUCGACGCCAGUCGUCAUCCGUCCGGCUUCAAGUGCGGAACGGACACACGAGGACUCUCCGUGUAUAGUCUGUUCAACAGGUGCUCCUCGAAAAAUGGCGAAGAAUGGCUCAGUCGGCUCAUGACGCAGCCGAUCAGAGAUAAAGGCGAGCUGAAGCGCAGGCAUGAUACCGUCCAGUGGCUGCUCGAAAACGUGCGAUACGGUAAUCAGUUCGACCUUUGCCUAAAGCAUUUAUCCAACAUCGGUUUACUGUACAGAAAAAUUCUGCAAGGCACAGCCCGCAACAGGGAAUGGAAAAUGCUCAAGAAAAACCUUUACUACCUGUACUCACUGUGCAAGGUGUGCACGAUGGCGCUAGAGGUCCCGGCCACCGCAGGAACACUCAUCGAAGAGCUUGGCCGCUACAGCCGCAACCCAGACAAUGCGCUAAAGCAUGUGCUCUACACGGUGGACAAGUGUUUGGAUUUGGAGAAAGGAGAAGUGGAGAAUAAAAUCGUCAUACGAGCAGGACUUGAUCCCGAGAUCGAUCAACUGCGCGAUCAGUACGACGGAUUGCGCCGCCUUGUAAUGGAAACAUCCCGCCUGGAGAUGGAAAAUCUUCAGCUCGAUAUGGGCCACGUUUACGUAACAUAUCUGCCAUCGUUCGGGUUUGUGAUUAGCACCCAGAUUGACGAGCAACUGCAGCGAUCGGGUAUCUUCAACAACGCCUCCUUUGAUCUAGUCUUCCAGGCGGACCAAACGGCCUACUUCCAGAUUAAUCUGUGCAAAGAACUGAAUAACGAGUUCGGUCAGCUGAUCGGUAGAAUGAUCGAGCAGGAACUAGCACUGCAGACGCGACUAACGAAGUACGUUGGGCACAAGUUUCCAGAAAUAAUGGAUGUUUUCAAAUUGGCUGGAAAGCUGGACGCUCUUAUCUCGUUUGCAACGGUCGCUAAAAUGCAUCGCUACGUUCGGCCCAUCAUCAGCGAGGCCAAGUCUCUGGUAGUGCAGGCGGGUCGCCAUGUACUGUUAGAGCAUCAGAAAACGUAUCGGCCAAACGACAGCAACAUCGGUGAAACUAACCAUCACUACGUGAACGUCCUUGCUGCAGAUACGUCGCUUGGCAAAACGACCUACCUAAAGGAACUUGCUAUCAUUUGCUACCUCGCACACGUAGGGUCAUUCGUCCCGGCGACCAAUGCCAAAAUUCCCUUACUCGAUUCGAUCUACACCCGGCUCGACCAUCCGGAGUCGAUCUUCAGCGGGAAAUCGUCCUUCAUGUCGGAGCUCUACCAGAUGUCGAACGUACUGCAGCAUGCGAGCUCCAAAUCGUUGGUGUUGAUCGAUGAGUUCGGCAAGGGUACGAACUACGUCGAAGGAAAAUCAUUGCUCGUCGCAUCGGUUGAGCAUCUGCUGAAACGGGGCAUGCACGCACCCUUCACGUUCGUCACGACCAAGUUUACGGGGGUGGAAGAAUUCCUGCCGCGUUCUCACCAAUUUCUUUCUCUUAAGAUCCACCGUGAGGCGCAGGAAAACUCCCGCAAUGGUUGCAAUGAUAACACCAUGAACACGAUCGCCGCUGACCCGGACGACCUUAGUGAAGCGCUCAAAACAUCGUACCAGUUGGCGUCCCGUGCCGUAGCGUUCGCCAUGAUAAAAUACCACCAAAGCUGUGGACAGUCCCCCAGCACGGAAAGCGUGCGGCUUCUGAUGGACGGUACGCCGAUCACGCGGGUUGCUGAGCGCUGUCUAGAAAUUUCGCAUCCCCCAAGUGACCAUCCACGCCAGCAGCAACAAUGACGUUAACGGUAAAGCGCACAGGAAAUCGUUGGUAUCGGACUGGUUUGAAUUUUUCAACAUAUUCCAACACCGUAACCUUUUACACAGCCCUAUGGAUUCAAUUUAUUCCACUGAAAUUUCACACUCACCCAGGCUGUCCGAUUGUCCGCUUUGGGAGUAGAUUGUAGGCCAUUACAUUACGUGAAAGGUUUGGCAGUGACCUUUAUUUGGCGAGCACCAAAAACACCACCAAUGCUGACGCAUUCGUUGCACACCGAACGUUCUCGCAGUUGAUCUACCGUACAGGAAAAUAAAGAAGUAACCUUCUUCCGGCCCAUGGUUACGCGCUGGUUUCACCCUGUAGAAGUCAUCGUCUGUCACUGUCAGCCAGAAAAGGGAGCUCU